CUUCGGUGUCCAUCAAGGCGCAGUACGGGGGCAAUUUAAAAUGACUUCAUGCAACUCUGUGGAGCUGGAAGUGGAGUUCGGGGACCUUCUGCAGGAGUUCCAGCAUGUCCUGGAGGAGCUCCGGGUGCCGACCCUAAGCACACCCUGCAUCUACGAGCAGCAUCUUGAGGAAGCCAAGAGACGCGCUGCGAUGAACGACCGAGUCAGUGACAGCGGAAUAGAAGACUCAGACUGCAGCAGGGAGCAGUCGCCGGGCAGCAGUCUCAACACCAGCGAGGAGGAGCUCAGCACCGCAGGCGUGAACGUCGCUCGGCGAGCCAAAUUGGGGGACACGAGAGACCUUCAGAGCUUCAUUGAAAACCUGGACAAAGAACUCGCCGAGAUGUGAACUGCGCCGUCCAGGCAUCGGCGAAAACAGACUCAGUCCAGCUGUGAGUCUGGAGAAGAGAGUUCCACACCACCUGUCCCUUGAAACAGCCCCUCGCCCUUCCCUCAGGUCAAAGGUGGACACUGACCGAUGGAGGAAACAACACACUUCGGUCUGCUCUCUCCUUGUCUGAAGUUAGUGUAAAAACAUGCUCUUAGUCCUUUAUGUACGUGCACUUGGCUGCCUGCAACAUUCUGCAAAGAUACUAAUGCUUGCUCUAACUGAAAUGUGCGUGUGAGCUUGUGAGGUCCCACAUUCGCCUAACGCAGAGCAGCCUUAACCGACGUACAGGCAGUGCGGUAAAUCCUCAUCCUGCCACAUGUAGCAAAAGUCUCUUAAGAAGGACUUUAGUAGUAAUUAAUUAAAUAAAAAAAAAUAUAGAUUUUUUUGCAAAAACUAGCAUGAACAUACUUCUAGGCUGUUUUUUAAUUUUUUUUGCGGUU